UAGAUAGAGAGGGGGGAGAGCGAGAGAGCGAGAGCGAGAGAGCGAGAGCGAGAGGGCGAGAGGGAGAAGAGGGAGAAGAGGGGAGCCGCGCCGGAGAGCAGAUAGAGAGGGGCAGCGCCGGACUACGGAGUGAGGUUCACCCAUGGAGCAGAGUCCACAUCAGGAAGUGGGGCGAUUCUGUGGACAGAUUGACCGUACCGCCGUCACCGCCAAACAGAGUACAUCAGCGUUGAUGCAGAGGCGCUGUGUGCCCCUGUAGAGCAAGCCGUGAGUUCGGUCAAGAGUUCGGUAACUUAAGGAGCUCUGCUACGGCUGGAGGUGGAAAAGUGCAGAGGAACCGACGCUCUGUGUGAUAGCUCAGCGCCAAGGGCCAAGGGUCAAAGAUGAUGACGUCACACGGCAAGCUGAGGAGAGAGAAGGGGAGUCUGGCCGAGUAUGAAUCACAAGUCAAAGACCUGAGGGCCCAGCUGACCGACCAGGUGAAGAUCCUGGACUCCCAGGUGGAAGUGAAACAGCAGCAGCUCUCAGACCUGUCUGAGUUCCUGCGCCGCCGCGGGGACAUCGAGGCGGAGUACGGCCGCGCCCUCGACAAGCUCACCGAGAGGUUCACCCACAAGACUAAGAAGAAGGAGCAGUGGGGCCAGUCGGUGUGUCAGGUCUGGUCAGUCCUGCUUACUCAGACCCGGCUGGAGAGCCGAGAGCAUGCAGCGCUCGCUGACACCUGCUGCAACACACUCACCCAGCGCCUGGCACACAGCACAGAGGACUCGCACCGCUUGCACAAACGGAGCAAGGAGGUUGCAGUUCAAAUGCAGGAUGAGUUACUGAAGGUCACCACUGAGCUGCAAACGGCUCUGAAGACGUACAACCUGUACCACACAGACUGCCUGACAGCCGAGGGGAAACUGAAAGAAGCUGAGCGACUGGAGGAGAGACAGACAGGCAAGUCAGCUGACCUUGGCCUGGGCCAAUCAGGAGGCCAGAGGCGGAGUUCUGUCAAGAAGAUGGAGAGACUGAUGGAGAAGAGGCAUGGCAGAGUGCAGGAGACCCAGCUGAAGUGCACCAAGGCUCGGAACGACUACCUGCUGAAUCUGGCAGCGGCCAACGCAGCGAUGAACAAAUACUACCUGCAGGACGUCAGCACGCUCAUUGACUGUUGUGACCUGGGUUUCCACCUGUCUCUGGAGCGGGUCAUGAAGUGCUACCUGGCCAGUAGGUGGCGUGUUCAGAAGACAGAGGAGUCGGGCUUUAGGCAGCUGGAGUCGGCCGUGACAUCACUGGACCAGGGCGGAGACAGAGAUGCGUUGCUACAGCAACAUGACACGGCCUUCUGCCUGCCAUUCAAAUUCAGCUACCACCCGCAUGAAGGGGAUCAGGUGUGUGAGGUGAGUGCAGAGAGCCAGGUGAGGUAUGAGCUGGAGACCAGGUUUCAGCAGCUUCAGUCUCGCCUCGCUGCUGUUACCUUGGAAACAGAAGAGGUCAGUAAAACGCUCAAAGCCACGCUCACAGCCCUGCUGGACAACAUGUGUGAAAGCGACUGUAACCUUAGCCCCGACUUGUCCAGCAGCCAAAUACAGGAGCCCCCCGGAGGAGGCACGGCCCCCAAACUCACCCUGGCCAAACGUCGAGCCAAUCAACAGGAGACAGAGACUUACUAUUUUACAAAAGUGAAAGAGUUCCUUAACAGCAGCUCCCUGACCUCCAAGCUUCAAGCCAAACAUGACCUGCUACAAGAUGCCAUACAGAAAGCUGAGGCAGUUGACAGUGACCCUUCCAGAGUGCAAUGUGCUCGGUCAGUGCGUGUUCGGAAGUCCAGACCUGUUUCCCAGUACUGCCACACACUCUUCACUACAGACAUACUCUCCUACAUACAGAGCUCCGGCCAGCAGAUCCCUGUGGUGGUUGAAAGCUGCAUCCGCUUCAUAAACCUGCACGGCCUCCACCAUGAAGGGAUUUUCAGAGUUCCGGGGUCACAGAGGGAACUGAACCUCAUCAGAGAUGCGUUUGAGAGAGGGGAGGACCCUCUGUCAGACAGCGAGUGUGACCUGGACUCCGUGGCCGGCGUGCUGAAGCUGUACUUCAGGGGCCUGGAGCCUCCUCUCUUCCCCUAUGACAGCUACUCUCAGCUGCUGGAGUGUGUCCAAAUAGAGGGGUUGACGGAGAGAGCGUGCCAGAUUAAGGUGAUUGUCUCGACCUUCCCAAGGCCUCUCCUCAUCGUGAUGCGCUACCUGUUUGCGUUCCUCAAUCACGUAUCCCAGUACAGUGACGAGAACAUGAUGCAGCCCUACAACUUGGCCGUCUGCUUUGGUCCAAGUCUGCUGAGGGGGUUGGAGUCUGGCGAUGCUGUUGCAAGGCAACCACAAGUAAAUGACCUCGUCAAGACCAUGAUCCUUCAGCAUGACAUCAUCUUUCCCAGCCAAUCGGAGCUGCCGGGUCCAGUCUAUGAGAAGCACAUGACCCUGGAGCAGGAGUACUGUGAGCCAAUCACAGAGGAGGGGGAUGGCGAGACGGAGCACAUGCACAGUGAGGAGGAAUGGGAGGCGGUGGCCAUGUUUGACUACGUGGCAAGGUCUCCAGCUGAGCUGUCCUUCAAACAGGGGGAACUUCUCAUACUUCACAGCAAGGCCUCUUCUGAUUGGUGGAGAGGGGAGGUGGGCGGGGUUAAGGGCCUCAUCCCUCAUAAAUACAUCAGCGUACUGGAUGGGUCAGAGCGAGGGAAGAGGGAGGAGGGGGGAGGUGGAGGCAGCACUGGCAACCUGACAGUAGAGGACUCACAAACAGAGAGUACUACAAGGAUGCGGGUGAACAGCGACAGCGCUUCGUUGCCAGGGCGACAGAGAGCAAGCGAUGGGAGUCCUAUCCGAAAGCCCCCAACCUCCCCUGCCACACAUCACCUGCCAGGAACCCAGGACCGCAGACACACUCUGGACACCCUGAGACAGGGGAAUAUCAGAGUCACGGAAAAACCCCCGGCAGGGCUGACAGAGCGAGCACCGAUGGACAAGGAGAUGAUAAGUCGCCAGAUGAACUCUGUCUUUAAGGAGCUGCUGUCUCGCCAGCCUCCCCUGCCGUCGGCCACAGCUGCCACCGCUCCUCCUCCUCCCUCCUCCUCCACUUCCUCCGUUACUCAACCUGCCAAAAAAGUCGGGUUCGGCCUCAGAGGGCGAGCUCUUUUCAGACCAGUGGACCAAUAGAGAAGGAUGACUAUGGAAUGAUGAAUUAAUUCCUGAUUAUGAUGAGGAUGAUGCAUUCAAUGAAGAUGUGGAUUUAUUUUUCUGACACGUGUGUGAUAUAUGGUCGUCUCUGCCAUCUCAUAGUGCCACUAAUUUCUGUGCCGUAUUGAAAUAAUGUCCAGUGUGUCUGUUUUCCGACUGCUCAGCUGUUUUAGGUCUCUUUGGUUUCUGCUUUUUUUUUCCUUUCCGUUUUGGUUGGGGUGGCUUUCGUAAUUUUUUUUUUUUUGGAGAAUCAGGGAUGUGACAUCACCAAACUGACUUCAGUCAGUCGCUUGAGACUUAAGCCGCUCCCUAGUGGCAGAACUGACAUCAGCCGAACCUUGUGAGUUUCUAAACUUUCUGAAAUGAUAAUAAUAAUCAUCAUCGUGAUAAAAAACUGAUCUUGGGCCCGUGUCUGGGAGUGCCUUCACAUCUUUUACUUUUCACGCCGAUUUCACUUGGGGAGACUUUUGCAGGUUACCGGCUGUCGGCAUACUCCGUGUUUAAAACAAAAUACUCGUCUUACAUGUAGAAAGGUUGUGUGAGGAGGAGACUCAGGCGAGGAAGGACGCAACAUUUCGUAUACGCAUGCGGCACAUGCUCACAAAGACUGACACACACACACACACACACACACACACACACACACACACACACACACACACACACACACACACACACACACACACACACACACACACACACAUGCGCGCACACACAACAACACAUUCCCCCUAGUAUGUGAUAAAUGGCCUGACGUGUAGGCCACAUCUCAGGGCUUUCCCGGGGUCGGGGUCGGGGGGGACGGGCCGGCUCGGCGUGGUGGGCUCACUCAGGGCGACGGUCCGCUCGGCUCCCCUUCAGCUCGCGUAACUGGAAAACGCGUCCUAGCCUCGAGGGCCAGACGCGGCCCGCGCGGCGGAGGGGUCGCGGGUUUCCUCCGCGUUCCAAACUGUGAAGCGACACUUCCGCAACGUCCGUCCAGAGACUCCGGCCGACGGCUAUCCUCGAGCGCCGCCCGCAGACCCCAUUCGAGUGUGUUACAGGAGCGUCGCUAUGAGGUGUAUAAUGUCGUUACUAUCGAUCCUUGUGGUGUGAUUUUUUUUUUUUACUUUAUUUUUUUUUUCCUCCGAGAGACAUACUUGACAUACGUUGCCCUCUUGUUGUGUUUCAGUAUCGGAACCAUAGAAGUAGAAUUCCCUCCCGUCAAUUCUAUUUCUAUGAUCAGAAUACCCUCUGUUACUCUGGAUCACUGUUUGAUGAUGUCACUAAACGUACUGUGUCAAACUGUAUAUGUGGUGAUAGAAACAAGUACAAUAAAGAUGAUUAU